CUUGUUAUAUUUACAACUGUUUAUUUAUUUAAAUAGAACAAAAAAAAUAACUUUGCUAAAAUGGGCAAUUCGAGUUCACUUUGCGCCGAUCGCAAUGCUAUAAGGAAUUUUGAUGAAAAUGGCACACCGAUUUAUCCAACGGCCAACAAUUCAUACAACCCUUCCAAUGGCCAAACAACACCGUAUCAUCAUAAGCAGCAGCUGCAGCAGCAACAACAAAAUGAGCACGGCUAUUACAAGACCACAAUUCCCGUCGGCGUCGGCGUUGGUGUUGGCGCUGGCGCUGGCGCUGGCAGCACCGCUAACAGCAGCAAUAGCACACGCUGCGCUCACUGUCAAACAGCUGAUUUGUACACACGCGCACUCAUCCAAGAGAGAAACGGCGGCAGCAACAACAAUAAUAACAAAAUAAACGCGGCACAGCCAACACACGUACAUACCCACACGAAGCACACACACGAGAGCACGAGCAGCUGUGAUGGUGACUGCGCUGCCGCUGCGACUGCGAAAUGGCGCAGUAGUCGUGUGUGUAAAAAUCAUACGACUACAACGACAACAACGCUCGAAUACGAACUUUCCAAUUUUGCAAAACUCACAACACAAAUCAGUACGCAACGCGACGUUGACGAAGCAGGAGCAGUAAGUGUAGACGAAGCUGAAGCUUUGCCACCACCGAUAUUAUCCUCGAGCCACUGGCAGCAGCUGCAACAGAGCCUGCACGAGCUACACCAAAACCAAGUCCAAUCACUACUUGGCAACCCUAGAAACAACAACAAUUUGCACCAAAUACGCAACUACAGCGAGAACAUGAGCAACAAUCUGCAGCGUGAUCGCCUCGGACUUUGGGGCACAGGCGACAACGAGAUCGUCGGCAAUGUCUCUGGAUUCGAUCGUAUGCGCAUGAAGCGCUUCAAUAAGGGUCUUGCCUUUACACAUGAGGAGCGUCAGAUUUUGGGCAUUCAAGGCCUUUUGCCCUAUGUGGUGCGCACCCUUCAAGAGCAGGUGAACCACUGUCGUCUCUUACUGAAUCGACUGCCCAACGAUUUGGACAAGUAUAUGUAUCUGAUUGGCCUGUCGGAGCGCCAUGAACGCCUCUUCUACAAUUUGCUCAGCUCGGACAUUACCCACAUGAUGCCGCUGGUGUAUACGCCCACUGUGGGCUUGGCCUGCCAGAAGUUCAGUCUGGGGUUCAUGAAGCCCAAGGGGCUGUUCAUCACCAUCAAGGACAAGGGACAUGUCUAUGAUGUGCUCAAGAACUGGCCAGAGAUGGAUGUGCGUGCAAUUGUUGUGACCGACGGUGAACGCAUCCUGGGUCUAGGUGAUCUGGGCGUCAAUGGCAUGGGCAUACCCGUGGGCAAACUGUCGCUAUAUACGGCUCUCGCUGGCAUCAAGCCAAACCAAUGUUUGCCCAUCACGCUGGACGUGGGCACCAACACAGAGUCCAUACUUGAAGAUCCGCUCUAUUUGGGUCUGCGUCAGAAACGUGCCACGGGCGAUCUGUAUAAUGAUUUCGUCGAUGAGUUCAUGCGCGCUUGCGUGCGUCGCUUUGGCCAGAAUUGCCUCAUUCAGUUCGAGGACUUUGCCAAUGCUAAUGCCUUCCGCUUGCUAUCGCUGUAUCGCGAUAAAUACUGCACAUUCAAUGAUGAUAUUCAGGGCACAGCUUCUGUGGCCAUAGCGGGUAUGUUGGCGUCGCUGAAGAUCAAGAAGACCCAGCUGAAGGAUAAUGUGCUGCUGUUCUUGGGCGCUGGCGAAGCAGCGCUUGGCAUUGCCAAUCUGUGCGUCAUGGCCAUGCAGGAGGAGGGUCUCUCCGAAGAGCAAGCCAAGUCACGUAUUUGGAUGGUUGAUAGCCGUGGCGUCAUUGUCCGCGAUCGUCCAAAGGGCGGCCUCACUGAGCAUAAGUUGCAUUUUGCUCAGGUCAGUGCGCCCAUUGACACAUUGCUGGAGGCUGUUAACAAGGUGCGUCCUAACGUGUUGAUUGGUGCCUCGGCACAGGGCGGCGCCUUUACCAAGGAGAUUCUCGAGAAAAUGGCCGAAAUCAACGAGGCGCCCAUCAUAUUUGCACUGUCCAAUCCCACCAGCAAGGCUGAAUGCACCGCUGAGGAAGCCUACACCCACACAGGAGGUCGCUGCAUCUUUGCCUCCGGCUCACCGUUUGCACCAGUCACCUACAAUGGGCGUAAAUUUUAUCCCGGCCAAGGCAAUAAUUCGUAUAUCUUUCCGGGCGUUGCUUUGGGUGUUUUGUGCGCCGGCAUGCUGACCAUACCAGAGGAGGUGUUCCUCCUCUCUGCCCAAACCUUGGCCUCUCUGGUCUCCAAGGAUGACCUGGAAAAAGGUAGCCUGUAUCCGCCACUCAAUUCGAUUAUGCAGUGCUCGAUGUGCAUUGCGGAAAGCAUCGUAACCUAUGCCUACAAAAACGGACUAGCUACCGUACAGCCGGAGCCACAAAACAAGCUGGAGUUCAUCAAAGCUCAAAUGUACGAUCUCGAAUAUCCUAGUGCCUUGCCCGCCACCUAUCCCGUGUAAAUAGCGACACAGCAGGAGCACCAACUGCGACCCCCUCAACUACUCAGCUCGUCGUCCUUAACGUCGCGACUUUUGGCAGAAAUUCCAUUCCAUUUGCCUUCUAGGAGGAAACUAGCAGCUGGUGUCACAACAGCAGCAACAUGCCUAUGUUAUUUAUUUUACAGUUCUUUUAUACAUUAACAUCCUGUCUUAUUAGCACACACCUUUAUAUAUUUAUAACGCAGGCGAAUAUGAAGAAGAAACUCCAUAUGUUGUUUAACGGUCGAUAUUGAGGAAAGAUUUGUUUUAGAUAAUCAUUUUAAAAAUGCAGAUGAUAUGUAAAUGGGAUAUUAAUAUUCUAGAUAUCUUUAUGUGUAUACAAAUUCUAUGUAAACGUGAACACAAACUAUGCUAAGUACAUAAGUCUAAAUAAUAAUAAAAAUAUAACUAAAAACAA